GUAUACUUUUUAACUUCUACUAAUCAGGAUCACUUCCUCAACAAACACCUCCACACAAAGUCACUUCUCUCUCUCUCUCUCUCUCUCUCUCUCUCUCUCUCAAAUGGCGGAUUCCAAAGCUCAGAGAACAGUACUGAUGAUUUGUGGCGACUACAUGGAAGACUACGAGGCAAUGGUUCCGUUUCAAGCAUUGCAAGCAUACGGAGUGUCAGUCGACGCAGUUUGUCCGGGAAAGAAAGCAGGGGACAUUUGCCGCACUGCUAUUCAGCAGGCGUCUCCUCAUCAGUUCUAUUCUGAGUCGAGGGGUCAUAACUUCACUCUAAAUGCAACGUUUGAUGAUAUUGACGUGAGCAAGUAUGAUGGAUUGGUACUUCCAGGCGGACGGGCUCCAGAAUAUCUCUCUGUUAACGAUUCUGUUUUAGACUUGGUGAGGAAAUUUUCCGACUCUGGAAAGCCGAUUGCAAGUAUUUGCCACGGGCAACUGAUAUUGGCAGGCGCAGGGUAUCUUAAAGGCCGGAAGUGCACAGCGUAUCCACCUGUGAAACCUGUACUCAUCGCUGCAGGUGCUCAUUGGGUGGAACCAGGCACCAAGUCGGCUUGCGUUGUCGAUGGGAAUCUCAUAACGGCGGUGAUGUAUAAAGGUCAUCCCGAAUACAUCCGGCUUUUCUUGAAGGCACUCGGAGGCACCAUAACAAGUUCUGAGAAACGGAUUCUUUUUCUCUGUGGGGAUUACAUGGAAGAUUAUGAGGUAAUGGUUCCUUUCCAGUCUCUUCAAGCUCUUGGAUGCCAUGCUGAUGCUGUCUGCCCCAACAAGGCAGCGGGUGAUAAAUGCGUAACAGCAGUCCAUGAUUUUGAAGGCGACCAAACUUACACUGAAAAACCGGGCCAUGAUUUCACGCUAACUGCUGAUUUCGAAGGCAUUGAUGCUUCUAGCUAUGAUGCUCUUGUGAUCCCCGGAGGCCGGGCUCCAGAAUACCUGGCGCUGGAUGGAUCGGUAAUCAAAUUGGUAAUAGAAUUCAUGGAGGCUGAAAAGCCCGUGGCAUCAAUCUGCCAUGGACAACAGAUUUUGGCUGCUGCUGGUGUUCUCAAGGGGAGGAAAUGUACCGCAUACCCGGCUGUGAAACUCAAUGUAGUCCUAUCUGGGGCAAAGUGGUUAGAACCGGAUCCGAUAGAUCGCUGUUUUACUGAUGGGAAUCUGGUAACCGGAGCGGCUUGGCCUGGUCACCCUCAGUUUAUUUCUCAGCUCAUGUCGUUGCUUGGUCUCCGGGUAUCGUUCUAGUUGUAAGUCAUGCUGUUUUAGUUCCCCCUAGUAUGUAUCUGCUGAGCAGAAAAAGAAGACAUUUAUAUGUGGCUUUCUAUGAGUAAACCUAAGAGCCCCAUAGGAGGGAGGGGUUUGGUGAGGAGAAAACAGAAAUGAGUCUAGUUUGGCUGAAUAAAAGAGUGUGAGAAAAUGGUAUUACCUACAAACUUCAUGUUGUUUCGUGUCAUUUCCCACCAGAAAAAUGGUGAGAUUAGGUGAGAACGUAGUUUCAUUUCUUAUUGUUGGUUAUAUCAUUAGUAUUGUUAACUUCUA